UACUUAAUAUAAAAACAUGCUUACAUUCAAACGCUCUAACACUGCUCACAAAUAUAACCCUGCAAUGAUAAGAAAAUGGUAGAUCCCCAUCUGGUAUAGCAUUAUUGAAGUUCUCUGACAGAUGGAGAUCUACCUUUUGGCCACACUUGCACUAGAGGGGGUCCCAGAAAACAUGUUUGCACCAGGGCACUCUCUACAUUAGUUUCACAACUGGGAUAAUCAAUGUGAGGUGCCUGGAUGAAAGAGCAGGACACAGCACUUCUGAUUCUGAGUCUGUGAGUAAGCAGUUGUAUGUCUCUAAAACUGAUUGUCAUGAUGUGCAAAGUUUCUGCCUCUAAAACUGCCAUGUUAUCCCAGAAUUAUGCCUCUAAAACUGCCAUGUUAUGCCAAUUUUAUGCAUCUAAAACUGAUUGCCAUGGUGUGCCAAUUUUAUUCUUUUAAAACUGAUUGCCAUGGUGUGCCAAUUUUAUGCAUCUGACUGUUUGCCAUGGUAUGCCAAUUGUAUGCCUCUGAAGCUGAUUGCCAUGAUGUGCCAAGUUUAUGCAUCUAAAAUUGAUUACCAUGAUAUGCCAAGUUUAUGCAUCUAAAGCUUAUUGCCAUGUUGUGCCAAGUUUAUGCAUCUAAAGCUGACAUAAUGUUCCAAUUGUAUGCCUGUAAAGCUGAUUGCUAUGGUGUGCCAAUUGCAUGCCUGUAAAGCUGAUUGCCGCAGUGUGCCAAUUGUAUGCAUCUAAAGCGGAUAGUGUGCCAAUUGUAUGCCUCUAAAGCGGUUUGCCAUGGUGUGCCAGUUUUAUGUCUCUAAAAGUAAUUGUCAUGGUGUGCCAAUUGUGUGCAUCUAAAGCGGAUUGCUAUGGUGUGCCAAUUGUAUGCCUCUAAAGCUGAUUGCCAUGGUGUUCACUUUUUAAAAUAUGCAUUAAAAGCAAGUGCGUCUCGAAAAAUUACCGUUUUGAAAAGUGGGUCUCGGACCAUAAAAGUUUGGGAAGCCCUGCUCUAGAGUAUCUCUGUAUGGUAGCCUGUGUUUUGUGGGGUUAUGCUUCUGGGCUUGUAAGGACCUUCAAGAAUUUUAAUGGCUGCCCCUAUCUUCCCCUUUAGAAAAUUAUUUACUUAUGGGCAAUAUGAGCAGUAUCAACGGGUAAGAUUAGUGAUGUUUGUGGCUGAAACAUUGUUCAUCUCUUUGUACUUGGUUUAGCGGCAAUAAGACCUUCUCUUCACAAAGUAAGAAACUGCCGAGGUGUGGUAUUUUUUGUUAUCUGCUCUUAUUAAUUUAGUCUCUGUUCUGCUACUAAUAUGAUUUGCGAGGAACAUUGGACUCAAUUAAAAACAAUUAUUUGUCCUGAGCUCCUCUCAUUAUCCAUAAUAUUUCUAGCCCUUACCCGCCAAACUUGGCUGAAGGGACCCCCUUGGACGACCCGAACACCAUAGGGUGCAGAUCCAAAAAACUGAUGCCAGAAAAGCCCACCCUGGGGCUGAUUAUCGGAGACCUGUGGAAGCAAGCACAUGGCAACACGGGGCCAAAGAUGGCCGCUCUCUCGGGUGGCUGCUCAGCUUCUGGUAACGUUGAGGAAUAUUUCUUACCCUCUCCAGCUCCAGCGCAGAUGGCAAGACAGCGCAAAACAGGAUCGGACUCCUCUCUAGUAACCACCUCGGUCCUGAGAGCACUGUUAGCAGACCUGUAAAAGAACAUCUUGGCAGAUGUAACUGCGAUCCGAGGUGACCUGCAGGGCCUGACAGGCCGCAUUGGAGCACUGGAAGGAGCUUCUCAAUCAAGCACCCAGCAUACUGCUACACUCCAACAGGCUGUGAAGGAUCUGCAGCAACAGAACUUGAUACACGAAUGCCGCGUUGCGGCUCAAAAACAAUCUCAAGGUCAGAGGGAUCUUGGAGGAUAUCCUCAAGGCCAAUCUGCCUUUAUGAGAUGCCUGCUGACAGCCUUGCUACCAUCUCAGCAGGUCAAAGCUAUCACGCUUGAUGGACUCUUUUGAACAAAAAAGCUGCGGUACUCACAGCCUUGAGGGGAAAAUUGCCUUUCCAAUUUGAAAACACAGCGUUAUCAUUUUAUGCCAACUUAUUAAGUGGCACUCUAGCCUGGCAAAGGUCGCUUCGACCAUUCACCUCCUUGCUCCAACAACAAGGCAUCCAUUACCGCUGGCUUCAAUCCUGAAUGCUUCUUGUGCAGCAUGGGAGCAACACGCAUUUUAUCCAAGACCUCCAGCGCUCAGCAGCACUACUGCGGAAUUUGGGCUUAACCCAAGACUCACUUAAACAAACGGGGACUCACACUACCACUCUCUCGUCCCACACCUGGGAUCCGGCAAGAAUCACCCCAUUUAUCACACAAGGGGCAACACCUGACUCUUACGUGGCUGUCUCCAUCUGAGUGUAGACUCAUACAGCCUCCGUGGCAAUACUUAUUUUUUACUAACUAUUAUUUCUAGUUGAUUUGUUUAAUUUACUCAGUUUUUUGCCCUCAAAAUGUCCCACUUUAGGUUUACAUGUUGCCCUAGCCGACUUUGUGCAGACUACUCGGUCUAAAUGUCCAAAUAUCCCCUUUAGGGUGGGAUUUGAUUUGGAAAAAGGUUGGAUGAGUGCAGAACAAAGAAGGACCAGAGUUAAAGGUAACUCCGAGGCAGUGAGCAGUAAUAAGUGAUGCAUUAACCUGUAGGGAGGUAGAGGUGGAAUAUUUAAAGGGGAAAAGAUGAGGAGUGUCACGAUUCACUUCUUAGUUGAUGUGCUUUCGUGCAGUACCCAUACUCACCACUAUCACUGUUUGGCACUGUUCCUGAUUUCUUUUCAUUAGCACUCCACCUGGUCCUUGUUUAACACCUUCAUAGUUUGGCUUCACCCCUCACUCCUUGUCAGAUCAUUGUUUCCUGAUUCCUGUGAUUCUGACUCUCACACCAGUUUUCUGCAUUUCCUGGUCCUGUAUUCUCGUGUCUUCUUGGUCUUGUGUUCCCGUGUCCUCCUGGUCCUGCGUUCCCGUGUCCUCCUGGUCCUGCGUUCCCGUGUCCUCCUGGUCCUGCGUUCCCGUGUCCCCCUGGUCCUGCGUUCCCGUGUCCCCCUGGUCCUGCGUUCCUGUGCCCUCCGAUCCUGUGUUCUGGUUCAGUGUUCCUGUCCUCUGACUUAUUACCAGUGAUCCUGACCCUGCAGCCUUGUCCGUUUUUCUUGCUUCUAGCCUUGCUUCCUGGUGUCAGUAUAUUUUGUCUCGUGUCUCUGGAUCUGUGUCCUACCGAUUUUUCGUGGUGGCUGCACAAUCCUGCCCAAGUAUAUACCUUAUACCAAAAGGACUGUUUAGUGUAUUCUGCCUGAACUAGUCGUGCUAAUUCUAAGUUAUUGUAAAUAUUAUUGUUCUGUGGCAUUGCAUUUAUUAAUAUAUAUAUAUAUAUAUAUAUAUAUAUAUAUAUAUUGUUUUUGUUAUCCUUUUGUCUUUUGGUUCUCUUUAAUAUAUAUCUUGAUUUACUCUAUUUAUUGUGUCCUGGCAUUUAUUCCUUGCAAAUUGGGUUCCCACAUUUAAAGGGAUAGUGCUGUCUCAGGGCAGCACCCCUUCAUGUCAUGACAAGGAGAAGGUAUCCAGUUAGAAACUGAAGAAAUGGAGGGCUGGGGAGAGGUCAGAGGAAAUCAGGUAAAUCUAGGUAUCAUCAGUAUACAGAUGGCAUUGAAAUCCAUGGCAUUGAAAGAGCUAAUAAGGCGAGCCGGUAUAAAUGGAGACUAAAAGGGGACAAGAACUUAGCCUCGCAGAAUAUCAACUGAGCCGGUUAGUAGGGAGGAGGUUGGCAACAAGAUGAAUCAAACUCCAACUAAAUAAUAAAGGGUGGAAUUACAAUUGUAUUCCAAGGAAAUGUCAUUUGUAACAGUCUGUUAUGCACAAAGUGUGUGUAAUGAUAUGAGGUGUGUAUGAGUGGAAGAGAAUACAAUAAACUUUCAGUGAAUAAUAGAUUGCAGCUGUGUUUGUAACUCACUGUUUCCUAGCUAUGGAGAUAAGCACUCUACUUCUGAGAUAAAGAAACAAAUAUAUGACUGAUGCAUUUAUCAAGUUCCUUAAAGGACCACUAUAGUGCCAGGAAAAUAUACUCGUUGUCCCCCUCCCGCCGGGCUGGAUGGAGAGGAAGGGGUUAAACUUAUCUCUUUCUCCAGCGCCGGGCAGGGAGCUCUCCUCCUCCUCUCCUCCCUCUUCUCCUCCUCUUCGGCUGAAUGCGCAUGCGCGGCAGGAGCUGCACGCGCAUUCAGCCAGUCCAUAGGAAAGCAUUCACAAUCCUUUCCUAUGGACGCUAGCGUCUUCUCACUGUGAUUUUCACAGUGAGAAGCACGCAAGCGCCUCUAGCGGCUGUCAAGAGACAGCCACUGGAGGCUGGAUUAACCCUAACAUAAACAUAGCAGUUUCUCUGAAACUGCUAUGUUUAUUUAAAAAAGGGUUAACCCUAGCUGGACCUGGCACCCAGACCACUUCAUUAAGGUGCCUAUAGUGGUCCUUUAAGGAAAUGCCUUCCAAAAAGUAGCAGUGCUUGACAUGUCUUUGGAAAACAGUGACCAUCCCAUUUACUAAAUAAAUUUCAAACCAUAGAAGAAAGAAAGAUCAUUCUGUCCUGUUUCUGUUAUUCGACAGGAGGACUUAAAGAUAGAUAGACAGAGAGACAGACAGACAGAAUAUUCAAACAUUUUUAAAUAUAACCAUAGCAGCAUUGUAAAGGUGAUUUAAAAUUGCUGCACCAAAUCUUGAAUUGCUAGAUUAAGACACUUUAGGCAAUCACGCCAAUGUAAUGAAAUCUUAUCUAUUUGUUAAAAGACCACAACAUCACAUUCAAGGAAGUGAACAUUUAGUACCUUAUGGGGCAGUUUGCUGCUGCUAUAACUACUUUCUGAUUUUAUCUUGAAAAUUAAUUUUUAAAAAAGGAUGAUGGGCUUGAUUUAUUAGAAGUUAUGUUAAAAAUGUAUAGUGCAUGUUGAAUGUAAUGCGAAAAUAUCACUUGCUAGUGUCUGUAUUUAAUCAGUUAUGCCAUUGUAGAAAACUCUGAGGGCGGAGAGAUGCAUAAACCUUGCAACGUUGUUUUCUAUUUUCUAGAUAGACUGAGUAAAUUAUGUGGGUAAAUAAUCCAAAAAUCCUAUGCUUGCCCUAGGCAGGUGUAGGACUGGCGUAAAACAGGCUAGUUAGCAAAAUCACUGGCAUAGCAGCUGUCAGACUGAAAAGAAAGGGAGAUUUUUUAAAUGUUAAUGUACAUGUCAAAAAAAUUAGAUCCUAGGCGCUGAAACCUUUCCAAAAAUCAGCAUACCUUACACUGGGUGAAUUAUCAGACGAGAAUGGGGAACAGCAGACUAAAUCACUGCAUAACCUCAUAGAAUCACCAACUGCGAUACAAAAAUUCCAAUAUAACCAAAUAAUACACUUCAUAUACUCAGGACCACUAGCACAGGGAAACAACCGAACACAAACAGCAUUCGAACAACACUGCUCCAACCAAGACCUAAAAAAGAAACACAUCUCACUAAUGUACACUAUUAUUCAAGCAGCACAUACCAACCAAUUACCAACGUUUACCACAACAUGGGAGAGGGAACUAAAUCUGGAGAUAUCAAUAGAUAAAUGGAAACAAAUCUUCAGACAAAUACACAAGACCUCCAGAAAUACUAUAACACAGGAAAGCAAUUAUAAAAGGAUAGCAAGAUGGCACUACACACCAUUGAGGCGACAUCAUCUUUUCCCCACAACAGUAGACCAAUGCUAGAGAUACCAGCAAUCCAAGAGCACAACUACGCAUAUAUGGUGGACAUGCCCGGAGAUCCGCAAAUACUGGACACGAAUUUUGGAUAUGUUAUACAAGAUUCUCCAGAUAAACAUUCUUUUACACUCAGACACAUACCUAUUCCUCCUCCCACUCCCGGGAAUGUCAAAACAAGAAAAAACACUACUAAUACACCUAAUCACGGCAGCAAACCAACUUAUCCCGGCCCUCUGGAAACAACCCCACACACCUUCCUCACGAGAAUGGAUACAAAAGGUAGAAACUAUUAGAAGCCUAGAAGAGACAUGCUACUCCCUAACACAUCAAUACCACAUAUACACAUCCAUAUGGGACCCCUGGCUCCAAUACCUACGAAACAAUCCUAAUUGAAAUUACAAAAAAGGAAGCCAGGUAUCUGAACAAUUAUUAUCUGAACAACUAUUCGUAUCUGAACAAUUAUAAAAACACUACCUGACGACCAUACCGUGAAGUAAAAAAUGUUCACAGAAUAUUCAACAUAUAGGUUUGACCUAAUCAUCUCAACAGUGCUAAAAUAUUUAAUGCACAGAUGAAAAUGUUUGUAACUUUGUUGUUUUGGUCGGAUAGACCAUCUUACAUAUGAAACAUAAAUGUACCAGCUGUAAUGUCUUAAUAAAAGUUGUAAAAAAAAUUAUAUAUAUAUAUAUAUAUAUAUAUAUAAUUUUAAUAAUAAUAAAAAAAAUAGAUCCUGAAACACCAAUAUAAACCAAGUUAAAACAUUUCUUACAAGCCUUAUAAAAAGGAGAAAACAGAAAGAGAAAACAUAGAAGUAAAAUAAUUUACAAACAUCAAGUAUAUAUAUUAACAAAAAUAUCUAUACUACCAUUUACCAGGCAGUAAAAAACAUGCAACAUUCACCAACCUAUAUAUGCACUACUACAUUUUUGUUUUAUAUAUGAUAUCAUAUGGGUCAUACCCUUAUGAAAAGCCUCCAUACAAAAACAUAUUUUUUCACCUAUCAUUUUGUUCCAGUUGCAGGCCAAUUUCCCUGUUGAAUGCAAUCCAUAAACUCUUGCAAAGGUCUUGGCACUCCAUAUCCAACCCACCUUCCUGUACCUGAUGCACCCAGAAAAGGUUGGCAUGAGGCAACACCAAGAAGCUGACUAACUUAAUCCAUGCAACCUGGUCACAAAAAAAGCUGGUCUUCCUGGUUUCGACGGAUGCGGAGAAGGCGUUGACAGGGUAGAUUGUUCCUUUUUAUUCACAACACUUCACAACUCCAAAUCACGAAACUGUUUGCCCUUUGCCUUUUUCGUUUGUUUAGGGAUUCAUCUAUAUAGCGUUUUUUGUAGAGUUAAGGAUUUGGGAAGAACUACCAAUCGGUCAAAAUGUGGACCAAUCUCAAUUCGAAUGGCCACCACUUUGUUUUUUAGAGUGAUUGCUGAUAAUCAUUGCAAAUUAAAUUCCACUGCAGAGGAUAGAAACUGCUUUUUAACCCAGAUCAAUUAUCUAUUCACGUAUUUGCAUUUUUUGUUUUCUCAUAAAUUCCUUUUUUCGUAGAGUUUCAUACGCAUAAAGAACACAAAUAACUGCACAAUGAGAGUAGAUACAGUGUAAAUAAACAUUGUUAAGUGCAAUCAUAAUAAAGAUUAAAUAAUAAAGGAAGUAAGAAAGAAAACAUAAAUAAGUAGAUGAGAGUUGGAGAAAGAGAAUGGGGUUGGAAUAGUGAAAAGGAUUAAGAGGGACUAGAAGGGGAGAUAAACCAUGGGCCGGUAGCAGCAUAAUGCCUGAUAAUUGGGAUUGUUGUGUAAGCUGUGAACUGUAUUUUAAACAAUAUUAGAAUGAUCGAUUCACUCUAAUACACAAGCAUCAUGGGAAUUGCAGUCCUAAAACAACUCUCGGAGUAUAUAUAUAUCUAUAAAAAUAUAUACACACACACACACACACACACAGACAAUAUACUGUGUGUCUGAUAUGAGACAUAGACUUGGAGCACAGCCUUGCCUCACGUCACACCUACACUAUUCUCAAGAGUUGAUUAACAGUUCAGGAGUCACGCUGACCACAAUCAUUUUGCCGGGUUUGGAUAUUUGCAUUGCUCAUUUUUCUUAAAUCCACAGGCCUGCCUGUCACACAUUGCCAAAUAUCUUACUAACAAAGGCUUAGUUUUCAUAACGUAAUAUGCAGGUAAUUAAAUGCAGACGAUUUUGGAAUGAAAUAGAAUUCUGAUAUCUUGUGAUGACACUUCCUCUGUCCCAGUCGGACACACAGGAUUAGAUCAUGUACAUUAUUUUCUUUCCUUUAGCCUCUUGCUAUUUUCCUGAAUGGAAAACGAUCAUGUUGUUAUAACAACACAAGUCUUAAACUUAUAAAUGUGUAUCUAGAAUUUAAGAGCAAAUGUUAGUUAAGUUAUGUAAACAGCUUAGGCACUUUAAGCACUCUGGGUAUUGUAUACAAGAUUAAGUAUUGCUGUUUUUCACUAGCAGCUAAGUGAUAAACAUGGUAUGAAGUGUGUACUAACCGCACGGAGUCUGUGGUCAACCAUGAUAUAGUAUCUACUAGACAUAAAACUUGUAGACACUUGCUUUGUUUGCAGUCUCUCUAAAGGUUGGGUGGAGAUAUUUUUUUCCCUCAUCUUGGCAAGGAAAACAGCCUCAUUCAGUUACUUCAAGUCACCGGGGAGGAAAGAUCUCUUAUUCUCUCUGCCGUAUUUCUAUCAGGGUGUAUAAAGCCGUAAGAUUCAGGACUCGUGCCCAGCUGCACAAGGCCUCUCUGGUUGAAAUUCACUUUUUUUUUAAAAAUGAGAGUGUUCAUAGCUUUUGACGGCCUCUGUGAAUCUUUUGAUAUACUUCCUGGCCAGACCGUUCGUGAUGUGAAACAGAUGAUAAAGGUAAUUCUAUUUCUUAUGUUUCUGAUGACAACAAUAUAUCUUUGUUCAUGAUGUGAACUCAGCAUGCAUUUUAUACAAAUCCUUUGGUGACAAAGGGGGGGGGGAGUGGAAUGCUGAACUCUGUCUAACACAAAAAAAUAUGCAAAUUGACUGCAAGUUAAAUCAAUAACUUAGGGAUAUAUUUAUUUUAUAACAAAAUAUACCCUCACAUGCCGCAUGGAACACAGAAUGCUCUUGUGCAACUUUUUACUUAUCCCUUUAGUUAUAAAAUGGUGAAAAUAGCCUACCUGUUGAGGUAUAUAUUGGCUAGAUUUGAUAUAUUUAGUCAGGCAAUAAUGUUUUGCAAGCAAAAACACAGUAGGUCAUGUUGUUGAAGAAUGAACAUAGCCCCAGAUGUAUGGUGAUUUUUAACGGAGGUGGAUUUGACGUUUAAUAGAUAGCAGGAUGUGAUAGCAGAACAUGUUGCUAUUGAGAUAUGUCUCCAUUUGUGACACAUGUUCUUGUUAAGGAAAUAUUGUUGUGAAGAAAACAUGUCUUUUUUGUCUGUGAAAUUUACAUUUCUCCUUGUAUUUCUGUAUUGGUGUUUUUGCGAUAUGGUAAGAUUAUUUGGAGAUACUCUAAAAAUCAGUAAAAAGAAAAUUCGAAACAGUAACAUUUAUGAAAACACACCAAUUCUGGUGACAAAAUUUUGAGGAAAUGCACAGUAAAUUAUUGCGGACCAUGGUCAAAUUAUUGCCAGUUUUCUUAGAAAUGUCCAUUUAAGGAAACUACCGCAUUUGUAGUGGCAAGAAAAGUACAAGUAGUUUUCUGAAAAUUGGAGUAAAAUUCAUAAAUCCAUUGCGUCACCGAAAAAAUUGUAAAUUUAAAAAUGAUGGAUAGGGCACAACAAAAUCUGGCAAACUUCAUAAAUUGCACCAAACAUUUUCUGAAAAUUUGAAAUGACAUGUUUGCUGAAUUUCAGGUGCAAAGGAUUGACAGGGAGCAUAAAUGGAGGCACCCAGUGUCAGGAAAAGAGUUGUGGAAGUUCCUAAUUGAACAAUAUUUUUCACACCACGCAAAUACAUAUUUGUUAAAUAUAGACAUUAAUAAACAUAAUAUUAAAAUCCACAACUCCCCUUGUAAAAUAGGACUUUAAAUAGAUUCAUUGUGUGCAGAAAUGAUAAGCCACCCUCCUUGUCUCUUGUUAUUUAAUAGCUCAUUUGGUUUAUGUAACUAUUGAUAUCAUGGUCUGAUCUUAAACAUCAGACCAUUUGUCUGUUUACUCCUUAUUGUUAGUGGGCAGGUUGUUGAAGUCAUGACCUGUGUGUAUGUGUGAUCCUUCAUUUGCAUUGACUUGAUAACACUUGAACUUCCCAAUUUGAGGCUUUCAUUUAGAUGUAGGUCCUUGGCUAAUAACAUAAUUACAUGUGACUAGAUAAGGUUUAUCUUUAAGAACUAACAAGAACAAGAUAGGGUUUCCAUGAAAACUGAUAUCAGAUCCAUUCUCUUACACCAAUUAGUGAGUCUUUGCAUGCAAUUUUCAUAAUAGUUUGUUAAGAGGUUAAGGAGGGAUGGUGCCAGGGGACUCCAGACACUAUAACUACUUCAAUAACAUUCACUUCCAUUGGUCCCGGGAUCUCUUGCUAAUUCAAUUAUUUUAUUUUUGGUAGGAAUUUCUGUAAUUGCCUGUAAUUGUCUGCAGCCUUUGUUACAGUCACUUAAUCUAAUAACACUUGUUUAGGUCACGUUUCUUCUGACCAAACUAGCAUUCAGUUAGGCUGUCAUACCAGACCUUUAAAUUGGACCAGUAUUUCGAAUCCAGAUAGGAGUACUAAAAGCAGUAAAAAUGUAUGUGAUAAUAUGGGAGUCUUCGUGCACAAAACUAGUAAGCUUAACAUUACGUUUUGGUUUUUGUUUGUUUUAUUUAAUGUGAAAUAAAGUAAAAAAUACUUGUAUACAUACUUAUAUAUUUUUGCAUUAUGAAGACCAUUUUGAAACAAUCUGUCGCUUUUAUAUAAAAAAAAUUAACUUGAAUAUUAUCAUCACUUAUGUGAUAUUUAUAUUAUUUGAUCGAUUUUAAACAUUCAUAUUUUCGAAUAGUCCUUAAAAAUGAUGGGAACGCUAUGAUGACAUAUUCAGACACAUAUCUGUUUUACAGGACUCUUUUCACCUUCAGCUGUCAGAUGAUAAACAAGGAAGGAGGUUUCUAGAACUCCAGUAUGCCGGAGGGGUUCUCCGUGAUGAGUGGAUUCUUACUGAUGUUGGAAUAACCCUUUGUUCAACCAUUAAAUGUUUUCUAAAGGUAUGGGGGGGGAGGGAGGGAAGGAGUUAAUAGUAUGUACUACAAUCACAUUCAGAAUGGCUCAUACUAUCUUCCAGGGCCUAAGCACCUAAAUAAAUAAUUUCAAUUUGUAACAAUUGUAGAGGCUCAAAACUGGGUGAGGUAUUUAUGGAAGUUCUUGGGGAUAAAAUGUACCCAUACCUAUAUGAUUUUUACAGUGUCUGUGAAAGAAAUAGUUAUAUAUUAAUAACAUUUUGUUUUCCUUCAACCCUAGGAAUAUGGUUUGAAAGAAUAAAAGUAAUUAAUUUCGGAGUUCAGAUGGUAUAUGCUCUGAAUUGAUCUAGACCAAUCAUCUAUAUAAUUAUAUUUGGCAUUAUUAGAGUUAUGAAAACUUUGUUAGGUACCCGAACACCUGUACAUAUUUAUUAAAUAUCUAAUCAGCCUAUCAUGUGGCAGCAACUCAUGAUAUAGAAGCAUACAGGCAUUUUCAGGAGGUUCAUCUGUUACUUAAACAACUUGUUUUGUCAAAAAUGGCUGGUCUCCUGGUAUUUUCCGUUACAGAAAUUGGCCUGAGCACAAAAACCAUGAUAUGAGUGCUAGUUCUGUGAGUGAAAACGCAUUGUUAAUGAGGGAACACCCAGGAGAAUAGUCAGACUGUCAGGAAGGUGCCAGUAACCAAAAUAACGGCAUGUUUGUUCUAAGCAUGAUAAUGAAAUCAAUUGAAGUUAAACAAUUCUGUGCCACUAAGACCCUUACCCCCAUAAAAAUAAUUGUAAAAAAAUAAUCAAGAAUUCCUAUACAGUGCUGCACUGGGGUCCAGGGCAUGACAAGACAAUCAGAAAUAAUAACAAUGUAACUCAACUCAGUGAAUAUUAACCUUUUUUAAAAGUUGUAGUGAGGAUAAAAGCUCUUUUCAAUUCUUUAUUUUUGCGGUCGGCGUUGACCUCUGAGCACAUCCCAACUGUAAGGCGAAAACAUCAAUGCUUACAUGUAUGGUAUAACAAUCACGCCAUCAGUAUAAUAACGACCUAUGUUUUAUAUUUGUAGUUGCUGCAAGACCCUGCAUGUCAAGUGUGUUUGCUAUAACAGUGAGUUAGGGGAGCUUGUACAAGGCUUUGUGUGCCUGCGUCUUGGCAUAGUGAGGUGCUGACUGUGUGUUGCGCAUAUGCACCAGUUUGUUGUCAAUUAUCAUAACAAAAGCGUCAUGAAACUUGUAACUCCGCCCGACUCCGGCCAGGAGGGUAUGUAAAAAGGCUCUGGGCUUAGGCUGAAUGUGGUAUUAAACUUGUAUGUCAAUAGGGGGGCAACUUGACAUGCACAUUCUAGCUUGUGGGGGGUUUAACUAGUAGGUUACUAUGCAAGGCAAAUGCUUAUGGAGCAAGGCGCAUGGGAGACUUAAAGUUAACAUAUACCUAUAAAGAAAUAAACAAUAUUGCGUUUGGCAGUAGCAUCAUCACUCCCUAGGCCUCAGGUAGGCGAGUCAGUAGUAUUAACCAGAACAAAGAAGAUUCAGGAUAUGGCUAUGUGAAUCUACAGAGAAAACAUAAAACAAAACAUAGUGUGAUAUUGUUAUAAAACACAAUAUUUCAUGUGCAGCAAUCUUGUGCACCCACAGGAUGUAGACAAUAGAAGCGCUCUUAGGGUGCCUCCCUCAAUGUAAUGGGGGGCUAGCUGGUAUUCCUUAUCACCUCUGGAUCCUUGUUUCACCAAAAGACAUCCACAGGUCAGGGUUCAGUAAUAAAAAAAUUAUUUAAAUAAAAAGUGUAGUCACCAUUUCAGCAUAGGAUAUAGAUAACAAAAAAGUUGUCCCCGGGCGAGUCAGUAGACCCCGGUGCAGCCCUUCUGGGCACAAAGGGAGUAAUUCUCUCCACUGUCCAGGAUGGCUGUGCGUUCUUCUGGACGGUCUCCGUUGGUAUACCCAGGGAUUGGAGGAACGUUGUUGCCUCCGAGAUAUGCAGCAGGAGGUGUGUCUUGUCAUUCCUUUCCGCUAUCAAACGGUGCAGGCCCCACUUGUAUGGAAUGGAAUGUUCUUGCAGGAGUUGUGUAACCGGUCUGAACAUCCUCCGCCAUGUGAGGGUACUUCUGGAAAAGUCUCCAUAGAAGACCAGGUGUGCUCCCUCAAAGGGUACUGUGGGAGAACCUUUAACAGCGCUCAUGAGGACCCCUCUGUCUGAGUCUUUUGCAGACUUGAGCAAUACAUCCGUAGUUGCCUCUUGGGGUGCCUUGGCCGCCUUUGGCAGACGGAAGCAUGUAUCCACCAAUAGCUGUUUGGCCUGUUUUGGCGGCAGGAGUGUGGCGAUGAGCCUCCUGCAGUAAUGGGGCAGUUCAGCAUUUAAAAUUGUGUCAGGAAUGCCACGUAUUCUCACAUUACUUGUUUUAACCCUGUCCUCCAUGUUUGCCAUUUGUGCUGUUAGAUCGUCACAUUUUCUUUGUAAUGAGCUUAAAGCGGCAUCUGUGGCAGAUUGUGACAAUUUGGUGCUUUCUAUGUGUCCCUCCACUGAUUCCACUCUGUUAGUAAGUGAGGUGACUUCUUCCCGGAUUAGGGCCAUGUCUGCCUGAAACAUAGCUGGGGUGAGGCAGGAAGCUGAUCCUGGAGGCUGUCGACGUCCGACGAUGCAGAGGAGUAGGCCCCCACCAGCGCCAUUUUGGAAGGUGCUGGCCGUGCAGUCGGGUGCAUAUACGCUCCAAUAUCUCUGGAGCCUGAGUCUGGAUCCGCCCGGUACUUCUUAUUCUUUUUCCCCAUGUGUACAGGAGUCCAGGGAUCCCCACUGGACCCUCGCAGGUGAGUUAUUAGCUGCAAAAAGCAGCGGUGUUCGGGACCGGUUCUCAGAGCUGCACGGAGGCACGUCCGGCUCAAUCAGGAGCUGGCUCCGCCCCCAAAAGCUCUUUAUUUAAACUUGAUUUCCUCGAAAAUGUUGAGCAAACGGGCUAGCUAGCAUUACACAGACACAGCUAGUAUUAACUGAACCCUUUCAGUGUUGUUCAUAGUUUAGUGACAAAAUGGACAACCUCCAGUGCCAGAUUACCUACAAGGCAGCCAAUGCAACUGCUUUUCUAUGUCUGGAGUUCUGGCCUUGAGUGGUCCCUCCUUAAGUUGACAGGAAGAUUAAAAUAGCUAUCUGCAUUGUCCUGUGAUCAUGAAAAUGAUUCCCUGGUGGUCAGUGGUCUACCAUAUUAAUUGCAGUUCCUCAUGGUUCCAGUGCUCUGUGGAUGAAUCAAAACACAGCUGCAGGAAUUCCUUGCCUCCAUUCUAACUCCCUCACAGAGGGCAAAUAAUAUGGUUAGCUCCAUGGGCUCCACUGCAGACCUGCACCAAGACCCUACUGGACCACCAGAAAAUUUAUUUUUCCCCCCAUUCUACCCAGGAGAUAAGCAAGGGGGGCAAAUAUUAUAUAAAUAAAAUGCAUUUAAGUGUGGUGAGACUAUGUUUAACACAACCUCCCCACAUUCUGUCAUUCUAAUACAUUGUCACCCCUCACUUAUACUGGCACAGUCAGCCCCCUCAUCAGGGCCGUCUAUAAUAUGAAUAGGACCCCGGGCAAAGCCUUUUCUUGGGCCCCCUGGGCCCUGUCACUGCACCCUCCCUCCCCAUUACGCCCAACCCGCAAUCACACUGACAGACAUACUGACACAUACACACACAGACAGACACAUUAAAACAUUCGCAGAUACAUACUGACACACACAUACACUGACACAAAAAUAUAUACUGGCAAACAUUGACACACAUUCAGACAUACUGAUACACACACAGACACAUACAUACUCACAGACACAUACACUGACAGAUAUAUUGACACAGACACACACAGACACAUACACUGACAGGCGUAUUGACAUACACAGACAUACUGACAUACACACACACACACUGGAACACAGUGAGACAUACUGACAUACACACACAGACAUACUGACAUACAAACACACAGACAUACACACAGUAUGUCUGUGUGUGUUAGUAUGUCUGUGUGGUGUGUUAGUAUGUCUGUGUGUGUAUGUCAGUAUGUCUGUGUAUGUCAGUGUAUGUCAGUAUGUUGUGUGUGUAUAUGUCUGUGUGUGUGUGUGUGUGUGUAUGUCAGUAUGUGUGUGUGUAUGUGUGUGUGUAUGUCUGUGUGUGUGUAUGUGUCAGUAUGUCUGUGUGUGUGUGUGUAUGUCAGUGUGUCUGUGUGUGUAUGUCAGUAUGUCUGUCAUAGACACACACAGACAUACUGACAUACAUACACAAACAGACAUACUGACACAGACAUACUAACACACACACAUACUAACACACAAACACAUACUAACACACUAACACACACACACAGACACAGACAUACUAACACACACACAUACUAAAAACACACACAGACAUACUAACACACACACACACACACAUACUAACACACACACAUACAGACAUACUAACACACACACACAGACAUACUAACACACACAGGCAUACUAACACACACACACAGACAUACUAACAAACACACACACACAGACAUACUAACACACAAACACAGACAUACUAACACACACAGGCAUACUAACACACACAAGCAUACUAACACACACACAUACUAACACACACACACAGACAUACUACACACACACAGACAUACUAACACACAAACACAGACAUACUACACACACACAGACAUACUAACACACACAGACAUACUAACACACACACAUACUGACAUACAUUUAGCCACCCUCCAGGUUCUUACCUUUUUAUGGAGGGUGGUUUCCCUGGGGUCCAGUGGCAGGCUGAGGCAGAUGGGAGUUCUUCUCUGGAACUCCCCUCCUCCCUGCCUUCCUCCUCCCGCGCGGCUAUCUCCGGUGGGAGGAAGUGACACGCGGUACUCACUUCCUCCCAGCCGGUACAGGAAGGGGCCCGGUCGCGCUGUUUAAGCGUCACAGCGCCCGACCGGGCCCCUUCUGCCACAUGCCCACAGGGUGGCCCUUAGUGCAUGGGCCACCCGGGGGCCUCCUUAGUUGGCGGGCCGGUGCGGCUGCACCGCCGGCCGCCGGGUACAUGGGGGCUGCUGAAAUUGCGGGGCCCACGGGGCAGCUGCUCUGGGGCCCCCCCCAGGAGCAACUGGGCCCGGGGUAGCUGCCCCGUUUGCCCCGCGCUAAAGACGGCCCUGCCCCUCAUCUUGUCACACUCACUCCCCCUCACUCUGUCACACUCAUCUCCCUAACCCUGUAACACUCACCCUCAACUCUGUCACACUCACCACCACCACUCACUCUGUCACACUCAUCCCCCUAAACCUGUAACAAUCACCCUCAACUCUGUCACACUCACCACCACUCACUCUGACAUAUACCCUGCCCCACUCACCCCCUCACCCAGCCAAACUCACGUCACGCCCCCUUACCCUGUCACACUCACCAAGCAAAUCCUGUCACCCCCACACCGCUAAAGUCACCCUCUUAACAUAGUCAUCAUACAGAGUCAACUACCACACAUGAAACACAGCCUGGCUAUAAACACAACACACAAAGGCCACAAGUAGACCCCCUUACACACAUCACAAAACAAGCAACUCCCCCCCGCAUAUAUAUAUAUAUAUAUAUAUAUAUAUAUACUCCCAGCCACAGACAUACACUUACUCAGGACACACAUUCACACACAAGCAUACACAGGUAUAUGGACAUAUUGCCAAAGACACACACUGUCACCCACAUAUACAGAUAUACAAAGUCAAAGACACAGACACAGCCAGCACCCCUCCUUCCCCCCAUAGCUCUUAGCCCCCUCCACACCUACAACACUAAGCCACUCUCAUACACUCAACAAACACCACUCACAGAAACAGAGCCCAGGGCCCCAAUUCUGGCAACCUGCAUAUUGCCCUGGGCAAUCUUAACCUGGCUCUGGCAACCUCAAGCCCCAAAGCUGCUUUGUACAUGACUUGCAUGGUGCAAGAGGUCUAGGUAUUACAUAGAUUGCAGCCAUCAGAAGUUGGAGUGCUGAAUACAAAUGAUAUAUUGUAGGGUGUUUUUUUUUCUCUUGCUAUUGAUGCUCAGUAAUUUAUGCUUUUAUGUCUUUAGGAAGAAGACAAACCAGCAUUGUACAUAUACAAUCCUGUAACCAAGGAGAAAGUCACAAUAAUGGGGGACAUCUCUCUACUGAGUGCAACCGUUUCCAGACUAACGACUUUAAUAUCACUAAAAUGUGGAUUUCCCGUUAGUGUUUUUUGUCUGAGAACUCUACAAGGUCAGGACCUGUACAACUGCAACAGUCUAAGUGAUUACAAGCUAGAUCUUGGUACGUAACAAAUCUGCUCUGUUGCAGAGCAUUAUAUUUUUGUACAUUGGAGGAGUGUUGAAUAUUCCAUACAUUCUAAUUAAUCAGUCAGUAACAGCAGAUGGUGUUGUCUUAUUUGUAUGUUAAUAUUUAUGUGUGAGUCUAACAGUGUAAAUAGUGGGGUGGUAGGAUACAUGGCGAGGCUGAGUUUAGAAAUAUACUGUGUACAUAUUUAACACUUUUUACCAUCUCUAUUCCAUAUAGCAAUCUAAACCCCAAUGACAGCUCAAACGGCAUUUAACUUCUAUCCUCCAUAGUUCCUUCACCGAUAGUCUCAACUUAUCUAACAGGCUUGUCUAAUAACAAUCAUUUCCUGAAUCCCAAAAAUAUCAGUCUCCAAAUACUAAUAGCCCAAACCACGACUCCAAAUAAACUUUAAAGGAACACUAUAGCAUUGGGAAUAUAAAUGUGUAUUCCCAAUGUUAUAUUUCUCUGGUGGACAUCGAGCUGACCAGCUGCGACAUGCAUGGAGCAAAAUAAAAUUACUCUUAAUCACCUUUUGUCCCUUGCAGCGCUGGUCUCUGCAGCUGGUCCCACCUCCUUGGCUGAGAUCAUGAAGAUCGAUGAUCUUGGCCAAUCCAAUCCUUCUCCAUAGGGAACAAAACACCACACUGCGCUAAUCAGAUGGUCCACUAUAGACAAGUUUACCCUGGGUACCCUGCAAUAAAAACAUUAAAACAGGGGUAACAUGAUGUACAUAUCACUUAAUUGAGAUGAAUUGGACUGGGUGCCUGUAGUAUCUCUUUAAUAUAUAAAAGAUCCCUGCUUCCUGCUUCUUGUUUGGUCAUGGGUUCUGUGCUGCAAUGAUAUAUGGGUUUCUCCGUGCUGUAAUGGUGUCAGGUUUGGUAUAAAGAGGGUCUUUAUGCUGUGGUUGGUAAGUGAGGGUUGCAGCCCAUGUAGGUUUGUAUAGUGCGUGAUAUUGUUAGAGUUGUUCAUUAAAGUAUGAAUUGUUAGUAAUACAAAGGAAAUUAAAAUUUUUGACCAAAGUAGCUGAACUGAAAUCAUUACAAUUUGACAAUGUGGCCUAAUAUUCCCUUAGAAUAGUAUUUCUCAUUGUAUAGGUUUAUUGUGUGCGAUCCUGGGUAUAGAGAAACAGUGAGUUUUUGUGCCACACAUUGUGCAUGUGAUAUGCAGUGCGCAGGUGAAUGGCAUGGUGUAUAAAGUGUAAAGCUUUGUGUGUAGUGUAUUUAUAUAGUAAUCUGUACAAUUGAGUAACAGUGUCUGAGUAACAUAGUUUGAGUACAGUUAAACAGUUAAAGGAACACUAAAAGGUCAGGAACACAAACAUGUAUUCCUGACCCUAUAGUGUUAAAACCACCAUCUAGCCCACCCUAAAUAUCGUAAAUUCUUACUUGUAUUCAAGUCUGCAGCUGCUGGCUCUGCCCCUGUCUGCCUCUGACCUGUCUGCUGACUGCUGUCAUCAUCAGUAGUGGUGGUCUGAGCCAAUCACAAUGCUUCCCCAAAGGAUUGGCUGAGACUGUCAAGCAGAUCAGGCAGAUAGAGAUGAAUUGAAUCAAUGAAUCUCUAUGAGGAAAGUUCAGUGUCUGCAUGCAGAGGGUGGAGACACUGAAUGGCAGUGCUGAUCACUGUGCAGCACUGCCCUAGGAAUCACCUCUUGCAGCCAUCUGUGGAGUGGCCAGUGAAGUUAUCACUAGGCUGUAAUGUAGACCCUAUAGUGUUAAAACCACCAUCUAGCCCACCCUAAAUAUCGUAAAUUCUUACUUGUAUUCAAGUCUGCAGCUGCUGGCUCUGCCCCUGUCUGCCUCUGACCUGUCUGCUGACUGCUGUCAUCAUCAAUAGUGGUGGUCUGAGCCAAUCACAAUGCUUCCCCAAAGGAUUGGCUGAGACUGUCAAGCAGAUCAGGCAGAUAGAGAUGAAUUGAAUCAAUGAAUCUCUAUGAGGAAAGUUCAGUGUCUGCAUGCAGAGGGUGGAGACACUGAAUGGCAGUGCUGAUCACUGUGCAGCACUGCCCUAGGAAUCACCUCUUGCAGCCAUCUGUGGAGUGGCCAGUGAAGUUAUCACUAGGCUGUAAUGUAAACACCAGAACAAAUUCAAUAAGCUGUAGUUGUUCUGGUGACUAUAGUGUCCCUUUAAGUAACAUUGGGUGUAUAGUGUGGGUGUAUAGUGUGUCAGUAUUAAUGUACCUGUGACUCCAGUGAGUGCAUGUACAUUAUGAUAUCAGCAUGAUGAGCAGUUCAUAUAUAGUUUUGUGUAUAUGAAAAAUAAUAAAACAGCCCCUAAUUUAACAUUGCUAUGAAGAGAAAAAAAUAUGGCGUCAGUAUUAUCAAGUGGUUUGCCCUUCAAUAAUAGCUGCAAACAUACAACUGAUUAAAGUUACCGCUAACCUCUAGAUUUUAUAUCUAUUUUUACAAAUACAUGCAUUAGCUGUACGGAAAGUUUUUGGGGUACCAAACGGCACAUAUGACCUGCCCUCUUAUAAGGGGUAAUUUUUACUCUAUUGCUUCCCUUUAAGAAGUUCCUAUUUUACUAUUGCAAAGAGGAAGAGGAAGCAUAAAUAAAUAUCUAUAAUGCAUCCUAAAACCCAAACAAACAAGUUAUUCAAUAUUGUAGCAACCUAGAUAGCUAAAAAUAAAGUGCAGAAAUCGUGUGAUAUAAGAAUUAUACAUAUUACACGCAGUAAUGAAUUUCCACUUAAAUGCAUUCAAGGUUCCACCUUAAGAAUCAACGUGUGGGAUGGUUGGAAGGAGUUUCUUCUGGGAUGUGUUCUCGGUCACAAACAAAACAUUCAGCGCUAUCUAUCAAAAGAAGAAGCGGUUUUGAGGUACGGUAACUAACUAGCAAGUUGGCCAUAGACAGUUGGUGAUAGAUUUUAGUGAUAUAAGUUUUCCAAAGAUCAGCUAAGGGAUUUACAAUCACUAAAACUGACCCUAGAAAUUGCCACAUACCUACAAGAUGCAAAAAAAACUAUAUCAAACACAGGUUAUUUGUGGGUAGUAUAAUAUGGUUGUCACCAAAGCAAUACUGUUAAAGCUGUCAUGGUUAGCUCUCCUAUAUUCGAUUAUAGAUAUUUGAUUGAUUUUAUUUUGAACAUGCUCACUAUAAGAACAAUUUACUCAUGCUAGUGGUAAUGGAAUGUGGUCCACAUUGGGGUGGGAAAGCUUAUGAGAAAAUCCUUACACACGGAAUAUGGGUUAUAUUUGAAACCUAGAUGAUUGCUUCCAAGUGUACUGGAUGCAAUGGAACAAUCCAGAUUUGGAACUUCUGUCCUAUCUUCCUGUAUUAUUACACCAGAGGAACACCUCUGAAACUAGCAUAACACGAGCGCAGCUUCAAAUAGGCUCAUGCAUCAUCCAAGAACGUUUUUGCAGAGCUCUGCACAUGCUUGAAUUCCUAGCUUGCCCACUCGCCAUCUUGAGGCUUACUCAUCUAAUAUGAGAGCAAUGCUUCCAUUUGAUACUACGUGUCUCAAUUUAUUUUAUACAUACUAAUAAUCUGUAUAAACACUUUAGUAUAUUUUACAUAUUUUACAAUUUAGUUUUUGUUUUUUUGUUGUGUUAUUUUAUUUUAUUUUUAAUAUUGACACAGAUACCAACAGAAGACAGCCCUCUAUGUGGCUGCACAUUAUGGACACCUGGAACUAGCAGAAUGGCUUCAGGAAAAAGGGGUCAGGGUUGAUGAAGCUGUGGGUGUUCAUCCCUACAGGGAAUGGUGCAGUGAAACUGACCAUCCAGAUGUUGUCAAAUGUCCAGUCCAUGCAGCUGCUGAAGCUGGCCAACUUCUUCUGCUAAAGGCAUUUGUCUCGCGAAAUGUUUUGUGUCUUCAAUGCCAAAAUCCAUUGGGUCAGACACCACUCAGAAUAUGUCUUCGACAUAGUCAUAAAGACUGUGUUUUAUAUUUGAUUAUGAAAAUGUGGUCGGUAGUCUCCUUUAAAAAAAUCUCUCUUCCUAUGCGAAUUUACAUAAAAGUGAAAAAGUGGCUAUUUUUGGCUCAGAAAAAAGUCUCUGCAGCAAAGAAUAUGAAGUGGGCAGUGGUAUUCAAGACACGAGUAGGAGACAAACUUGUAAUCGAUGGUUUCACAGAAUCCAAAAUGAGCACUCGAGACCUACGUGGACUUUGUCAGGAUAGGUGGAAUAAAUUGGCACGAAAUAACAUUGCAAAUAUCCAAAACAACCAGACAUUUGCUAACACAGUAUUAAAACUUCACACUAUUCAUCAGAGAGAGAAAUCAACUCAGCCUAUCUUGCUGCCAACAGUUAAAAUAUCAGCAAAUGCUACUGUAAAAAGAAAUGAAUUAGGCCAGCUCUCUGUGGACGACAAUAUAUUACAAAAUAACUGGUCAGCUCAAGUUCCACUUCCUCCAAUUGCCAACCAGAACAGCAACCUCCCACGUAACAUAAUUGCUACUGCUCAAGCUGCAUUUCUUCUGAAAUCGUCUCUUGAAUCUUUUUCGAAACACACAGGGAAGACUCCAAGAGAGAAUGCAAUAUAUUGCUUGGGACUUGCCAGGUAAAAACGUGGAGUAUUUGAGUUUUGUAUUUGGACCUUUGCUUGACUACCAGGUUUUAUCCAUCAACCAUAUAUUGUGUGUAUAUAUAAUUAGACUUUAUUACAUUCACAGGAUUAUUCAAGUGUGAAUUGUUGUAAAUUUUAAAAGAAAUUUAAGUUUUUGGCCACAAAAUUAGAAAAGUUCUUUAAGUCAACUAUGUUUUUAGUUUAGGCUAUUCUGGCCUAAAAUGUUUAAUUUUCUUUGAAUUCACGUUGAGUUCCUGGCAAUUUACAUUUAAAAACAAACAAAACAAAAAAAACACCUGGCACUUAACUUUCUGCAUAUUAUGGCACAAUAAGUGAUCAGUAGGCAGCACUCAGUGGGGCCUUUUGGAUAAUCCAGCUAUGAGUAAGAUACUAAUAAAACAUUCAAGGUUAUUUACGUAAAUGUGAAUUAUUGUUUAUUCAAAGUGAAUUUCAAAUCAUAAGGACAAAAUAUUCGAUUUAUAAAACUUUUCAUCUCCAGUUUCAUCUAUAUUUUGGCUAAAAAAGUAAAAUUCUGUUUGAAUUCACUUUGCCAUUCACACUUUACUAAAAACCACUGAUUAUGUGACCUUUUUCGCGUCCAAGCCAAGCAACAGCCAAUCCACUGAAAGGCUGAAAUCAAUUCGUGCCAAUCAGCUCUCAGAGAGAAGAGGGGUUUCGCCGCCCAAUCAGAAGAAAGGGCGCGAAACCCAAUUGCACUAAUCUGCUGAAAGGCGCAAAACCAACUCGCGCCAAUCAGCGCUUUUUAAUAGUGUCUGCAGGUAUGUCCCUGUUACUACUUGAGAAAUUUGAAAACAUUAAACAAGCCUUAAUUUAAUAAAUAAGCCGGCUAGUGAAUAAACCCUUGUAUGUCCUGGAACUUUUUUUUAAUGUAAAACAAUACAGCAAUAUGGCAGAUUGCAUUUAAUUACAAUUUCUCUUUCAAAGAAAGAUUACUCUUGGUUAUUGCUAAAAAUACUUUCAAUAUCUUAGAAUUCCCAGCAAUUCCCACUAUAGUAAAUAACUCUGUUUGCUCAAAUUUGUUAUAUAAUUAUGUGUUAUUUUGCUUUUAUUUAGCAAAAAUACUAAUAUAGUAUUGAUAUGUUUUUUUCAGUGAAUUCAAAGAGAAGCCCUGGCUCCAACAGCUUGAGAUUGCUCGAAUGCUUGCUAAGAAAACAAUCUACAACUUGUAAACUGUGACAAGGACAUACAGGAUGCUUGCUAUAUUUAUACAUGGAAAAAAGAAAACAUUUUAAUGUUAUUUUCUACAAUUAUUAUUAUUAUUAUUAUUAAUAAGUAUUAUACCUUGAUUAUUUUAUACUAUAUAUUUGGCAACUUGUAUUUCGUUAUCUGUUGUAACAAU